AUGGUCUCCAACAAAGCCCUCAUCUACACAAAACUACCCACCCACAACCCAGUCGUCGGCGAACACCUCCAAGUCGAAUCCCUCCCAGACUUUGAUUUGAAUCAACAUGUCCCCGAAGGAUCCGCAAUCAUCAAGGGUCUCUACUUCAGUUGUGACCCUUACAUGAGGGGGCGAAUGCGUCCGCCCACAAAGAGCAGUUACGCACCUCCGUUUGAGAUUGGGAAACCCAUUGCGGCUUAUGCGUUGGUGCAAGUCUUGCGUCUUGAAGAUGGGAAAGAGAGUGCUACCACAGCUGGGGGGCAGACGUAUGGCAAGGGCGAUAUUCUGUACGGCCUCUUUGACAUUGCGGAGUACAGUCUUGUUGGCAAGCAGUUGCUUCAGCAUCCAUACGUCAACAAGGUUGAGAAUCCGUACAAUUUGCCACUAUCAAAUUUCCUGAGUGCGAUGGGAAUGACCGGGUUGACGGCUUACUCGAGUUUGUACGAGAUUGGGAAACCUAAAAAGGGAGAAACCAUUUUUAUAUCCUCUGCCGCGGGUGCGGUGGGACAGAUUGUAGGUCAGAUCGCGAAGAAGGAAGGGCUGAAGGUCAUUGGCAGUGUGGGCGAUGAUGCAAAGUUAGACUUUAUCGUCAAUGAGUUGGGUUUUGAUAGCGGGUUCAAUUAUAAAAAGGAAACUUCGGUGUUGGAGGCACUCCAACGACAUGCGCCGAAUGGCGUGGAUAUAUAUUACGAGAAUGUGGGAGGGGAGCACCUGGCGGCUGCGCUCGAGUGUCUGAAUGUUUUUGGACGGAUUAUCGCGUCUGGAAUGGUGUCGCAAUAUAGUUUACCACCUGAUGACCGAUACCCCAUCAAAAAUCUGACACAGAUCAUCCCCAAACGUAUUCGAUUCCAGGGAUUCUUGGUUAAUGAUCCAGACUUUGGUCCUAAGUAUGUCAAGGAGAGGGACGAGCGUGUGCCACAGUGGCUUGCUGAAGGCAGUAUCAAGACCAAGGAACAUAUUGACGAAGGAAUUGACCAGGCUGGUACAGCAUUUGUGAAUAUGUUGGCCGGAAAGAACUUUGGCAAGGCCAUUAUCCAUGUUGCUGAUCCAGAAUAG